ACAUGACACUCAGCUUACCAGGAAGAGAAGGUGGUCAUGUGCCUGAGAACAAUACUGACUGUCGUGUGCCUGCUGAAGUUUAAGGUGAACAGAUAGGUAACAGCUGUUGGAUGCCAGUUUGGAGCUGCAGUAGCUGUGCACACUAUUGAUCUGAUUUUUCAGCUACUUGUAGAGAGAUGGGGCCCUUAGGAGUAACUCUGCUCCUUGCACUGAUUUCACUGACUGUGGCCUUAGACAAUGGUUUGUUGAAGACUCCACCUAUGGGAUGGAUGGCCUGGGAACGCUUUCGUUGUGAUACUGACUGUGCAAAUGACCCAGAGAACUGCAUCAGGGAGGAUCUGUUCAGAAACAUGGCUGACCGGCUGGUGGAGGAUGGCUGGAAGGAGCUGGGCUAUGAGUAUGUAAUUAUAGACGACUGCUGGAUGUCCAGGCUGAGAGAUGAACAAGGGAGGCUGCAGCCUGACCCCAUCAGGUUCCCAGGUGGCAUUGCAAAACUGGCAAAGUAUAUGCAUGACCAUGGACUGAAGCUUGGUAUCUAUGGAGACAUGGGCACUUACACGUGUAUGCAUUAUCCUGGCACUACACUGGAUAAAAUUGAGCUUGAUGCCCAGACCUUUGCUAACUGGAGUGUAGACUAUCUAAAGUUUGACGGCUGUUACUCAAAUCCUGUAGAACAAAUGCUGGGUUACCCCCUGAUGUCCAAGGCUUUGAAUGCUACAGGCAGGCCUAUAGCCUACUCCUGUAGUUGGCCUGCCUAUUUGGGAGGACUUCCACCUAAUGUGAACUACACUCUGCUGGGGGAUAUUUGUCACCUGUGGAGGAAUUACUAUGAUAUCCAGGACUCAUGGGACAGUAUGCAAGGCAUUGUUGAUUGGUAUUUCAACAACCAGGAUGAUCUGCAGCCGGCUGCUGGGCCCGGGCGAUGGAAUGACCCUGACAUGCUCAUCAUUGGAAACUUUGGUCUCAGUAUGGACCAGGCACGCUCUCAGAUGGCUCUGUGGGCUAUAAUGGCUGCUCCUCUCAUCAUGUCCAAUGAUCUUCGAAAGCUGGACAAUGGUGCCAGAGCCAUCCUGCAAAACAAAGUGGCCAUUGCCAUCAACCAGGAUUCUAUGGGUAUCCAGGGAAGACGCCUACUGCAGGAGAAGAGUCAUAUUGAGGUUUUCUGGAGGCCUUUGUCCAAGUCAGCCAGCGCCCUUGUGUUCCUGAGUCGACGGACUGACAUGCCCUACCGCUACCACACCUCUCUAGCUAAACUUAACUAUGAAGCUGGCAACUAUGAGGCCUAUGAUGUGUUUUCUGGCUCCACUGUGAAAGGGUUGAAUGCCACCACAGAGUUUACAGUCUCCAUCAAUCCCUCAGGUGUUGUCAUGUGGUACCUCUACCCUAAACAACAGUCCAAACAGACUGAGAGACUGCGCUACCAGCAUAACAGAGGCUCACGACUCACGUUCCACAAAGCUGGACCUGGCCAUCGUGAUGUGUUAUAAAGAAUGAGAAUGCUACACAUGCACAUCCAUUCCACCUUUUUUCCCUGUUAAAGGUUUUUUGUGGGCAAGUUUUUCCUCACUGGAACCGAGGGUCUAAGGACACAGGGUGUCACUCCCUGUACAGAUUGUAAAGCC